CGUCCCCCGAAAGGGUCUGUCGCUUUAACGCCAGGCUUUCCGCCUUGCCCAGCCUCCGUUCGUCAGCGCAGGUGGAGCUGGACUGGGGACCCACUGAGCCCCCCGCUUCCCUCCAGCAGCCCCCCAGCCUUGGCCAGAGGAAGGGGCCACAGGCGGGAACGGGGAACUCCUGCACCGGAGGAUGCUGGGGCUGCCCCAUGGAAGGUGAAGAAGCCUCCACUCGUCUCGUGGAGACCCCCCCGAAUGAUGAGGAUGCCCAGGAGCUCCAGAAAAAGGGUGAAAAUGAAGCCAAGGGAGCAGCAUCCACAGAGGAGCUGGCUGUGAGAAGGGACACGGGGGACAGCAGUGCCCCCCGGGAGCAUCUGCGGGCAGACCAGGACAGGACACGCUUGGACCACAGGGACAGUGGAGCAGACGCUCUCCCGAAGCCCUCAGCUGCCUGGAGGGACAAGCAGAGGAGCACCAACCUCUCCGCCCUGGACAGUUUCCCCCUGAAGCAUUCGAACACGCUGACCAACAGGCAGCGAGGCAACGAGGUCUCAGCCCUCCCAGCCACGCUGGACACGUUGUCCAUCCACCAACUUGCUGCUCAAGGAGAGCUCAGCCAGCUGAAAGAGCAUCUUUGGAAAGGUGAGAACUUGGUGAACAAACCCGAUGAGAGAGGUUUCACGCCACUGAUCUGGGCUGCAGCCUUUGGAGAGAUCGAAACAGUCCGUCACCUACUGGAAUGGGGCGCGGACCCCCACACGCUGGCCAAGGAGCGGGAGAGCGCCCUGUCCCUGGCCAGCAUGGGCGGCUACACCGACAUCGUCAUCAUGCUGCUGGAGAGGAACGUGGACAUCAACAUCUACGACUGGAACGGUGGCACUCCUCUGCUCUACGCCGUGCGCGGCAAUCACGUCAAGUGUGUCGAGGCCCUACUAGCUCGUGGCGCCGACCUGACAACGGAAGCAGAUUCUGGAUACACCCCGAUGGAUCUGGCCGUGGCCCUGGGACACAAGAAAGUCCAACAGGUUAUUGAAAAUCACAUCCUCAAGCUCUUCCAGAGAAAGGCGCUGGAGUGACACAGCACUCACGCGGUGCUGCUGCAGCUCCAGGGCUUCUCCCGGAUAACGCGAGGCUCUGGGACCAAGGCAGCCUCACCCAGCCACCCCGAAACAGGGAGCGGCACGACGCUUUGAGCAAGGAGCACGUGGAGGAAGCUGGGAACCACCUGCCCUCGGCACAGCCACGCUUCUCCCGCGGAGCAGCACGCGCCUCACACCCAGAGACACUCCUUCCUCGGGGCAGCUGUGGCUCUGCCCUGUCGGGGCUCGGCUGCUUCGUGCGUCUGCAUUCAGGUAUUGCAUUAC